AUGCUUUCUGCUGCUGCAGCGGCAUCGGUAUCUGCUGCUGCUGCUGCAGCAGCAGCAGCAGCUGUUGCUGCUGUUGCUGCAGGGCAGAAGCCCCCACAGCAGGACCAGCACCAGCAGCAGCAGCAGCAGCAGCAGCAGCACCAGUCGAAGAAGCAGCAGAAGCAGCAGAAGCAGGUUCAACAGCAAGAGCUACAUCAGCAGCAGCAGCAGCAACAGCAGCAGCAGCAGAAGCAGGAGCAGCAGCAGCAGAAGCAGGCCAAUCACCAGGUGCAGCAUCAGCAUCAGCAGCAGCAGCAGCAGCAGAACCAGGACAAGCAUCAGCAGCAGCAGCAGCAGCAGCAGCAGCAGCAGGAGAUGCAGCAGCAGCAGCAACAGAAGGAGAUGAUGAUCAGAGAUCUCCGCGUACACCCCAAGAGCCUUCUACCCCUCUCUCUCUGCCGCUGA